AUGGGGAAAGGACGCAAAACUGUCAUCGGCAAUGCCGACAACUUCUGGCUACACUCCUCCAAAGAAAACAAAUUCGACCUCACACACCCUCAAUCCUCCUCCAGCGAAGCAAUCUCGCCACGAUUCGACUUGACUACAUCAACCACACCCAUCACCCUGGACCCACAAAAGACAGCCCUGGUCGUCAUCGACAUGCAGAAUUUCUUCCUCUCAGAAGGAUUCGGAAGGAAGAAAGGCGCUGGUCACGUUGCAGCCAAGAACUUGGAGCAAUACGCUAUCCCUGCAGCGAGGAAGGCAGGCAUGCAGGUUGUAUGGUUGAACUGGGGUCUGACGGAGCGUGAUAUUGAAGUCAUGCCUCCUGCAAUCAAACGUGCAUUCGGGUUUGAGUCCGUUGUAGACGAUGAGGAUGAAGAAGUGGAGGCUGAGACCGCUGACGGAGAUGUCUUCCGUGAACAUAAUGCUGAGGCAGGUACCCCGAAAGUCAAGCCUCAAGAUACUGUUGUCCUUGAGAACGGCAAGGAUAAGCGCAUCUACAAGGGUCUGGGAUCCGAGUGUGGAGAGGUCAAGCUCGCGGAUGGCACAACAGUCGAUGCAGGACGCCUGCUCAUGCGCGAUGCCUGGAAUUCGGCUUUAUAUCCUCCUCUCGACACCUUGUAUACUUCUGGUCUUGACUUAACUCGCAACCCAGACGUUUGGAUUCACAAAGACCGCAUGAGCGGUAUGUGGGGUGCACGUACUGACUGCGAGGACUUUUUGCAGGAAAGGGGAAUACGCAGUUUGCUCUUUGCAGGAGUCAACACCGAUCAGUGUGUCAGCGGGACAUUUACAGAUGCGUUCAGCAAGGGCUAUGAUUGUGUCAUGCUCAGAGAUGCAUGCGGUACGACCAGUCCAGAGUUCUCGCAGCAGUGUAUCGAGUUCAAUGCGGCCAAGAGUUGGGGCUUUGUAGCAACGUGCGAGGAUCUCGCGAGAGGUGUUGAGAGUAUGGUCGGCUGA